AGUAUUAUUUCAUACAUUGUUCGAGUAUUAUUUCAUACAUUGUUCGAGUAUUAUUUCAUACAUUGUGAUACGUCUGGAUGCGGCUAUCAUUUGAUUUUAGUCAAUUGUGAUAAGUAAUAAAAUAUUACAAAAUACGGAAUGGCUUAUUCUGGCAUUUUAGCAGAAAAUUCUCCGGUAUCUAACAGUACUAGUACAGAAUUCACACUACACGUGAACAAUUUGCCGGAAGAAUUGAGUGAGCAUGGAUUUUUGGAAAUCUUUAAUCACUAUGGAAAAGUCAUUGGACACUUUUAUCGACCAAAUGCCGUCUGGGGUUAUAUUACAUAUGGCAAUUCUUAUGAAGCACAAAAUGCCAUUAAAGAUUUAAAUAACGUACUGCCUCUGCGUCUGAAAGUUUCACUCACUAGAGGCAGGUCUAAUGAAGUUAACUUUGCAAAAGCACCUGUUUCCAAUAACGAAAAAUAUAGUUUCAACCAAGAAAAUAGAUGUACGGACACACUUUUAACACCAAGAACAGGCUCAGGGAAACCCAUGGACAUAUUCAAAAAAAUAGAACCAAAUGUGGGAUUACCAAAUUAUACAGCAGAUAGUGAUUUAUUAUAUAAUUAUCCUACUGAUCCAUUCACAUAUAAUCCAUAUGAAAAUACAGAACCUUAUGCAAAUACGAACGCGUUAUGGACAAGAGGUCAUUUGUGCAUUACACAAAAUGGUAAAAGACAUGUGUCCCUUGGACGCGGUUAUACAAAGUAUGAAAUUCCAGAUCCAAAUCCUGAAAUUCUGAAUCAUAUCAGCAAGGUGUAUGAAAAACGAACCUCAGGAUUGUAUGAAUUUGGUAAUGAUAGCCUAGAAUGUGAAAUUGGAAAAUGUAGAAAAUGUUCGAAAAUAACAAAGUUUAUUUGUGAGGGAUGUCCUGGUUUUUUUUAUUGCAGUAGAAACUGCCAAGAAAUUGAUUGGCCACAACAUAAAAUAGAAUGUCAAUCUAUUCCAGCUUUGGUGACAAUGACGAAUUCGACAAAAACGUUACAAAUUCAAAUUGGACAAACUCAUACUAGAAAUUUGUCUUCUUUUCAAUUGCCCCUGCGUCGACCAAAGCAGUUAUCAACUACUACAGAUCUGACAAAACAUCAUAGUAACAAUGAAGACAUGAUCAAAACAUCUACAAGCACUAAUAACAAUGUUAAAGAAGAUUUGAGACAAUCAAAUGCUAAGAGUACUGAUCAAUGCAAAAGAUCUCAGAACGAAGAAGAAAGUAUUCCCACAGAACAAAUAAUAAAUGAGGUAAAAAAUGAUAAAAAUACCAUCCAGAGUAUUAACAUGGAAAAAUACGCGAACAAUUCGUUUAAAAAGUCACAGGAUUCUCUUCCAUAUUCCGAUAAAAAAGUAAAUCAUAAAAGAUCUGAAAAUUCCGAUAAUAACGGUAAAAAGAGACAAAAUUUUAAUGUUAACGAUAUAAUUAAUAUGGAAGCAGAAAUUGCUUUUCCGAAGAAUAUGUUUUUAUCAAAGUCAAAGUUUACAGAGGUAAAAAUAAUUUUAAAUGAAGGUCGUGAAUAUUGGGUUCAAAAAUUAGAAGAUGUUGCCAAAAUGGGUGAAUUAAUGACCAAUUUACAAUCUGUGGCAGAGAAAGCACAGCAGAAAGCGAAAGCAGUUGUUGGAAAGCUAUAUGCAGUAAAAUAUGAAAACAUAUGGCAUAGAGCAUUGGUAAAGUCAUUAGAUCCUUUAACUGUGCAUUAUAUAGAUUUUGGUAAUGAUGAAGUCGUAAAAACGAUCGACCUCCGCUUAAUUCCUGAAUUUGAAAAUGUUCGGAGAUACGCUACAAAAAUUCGUAUUUCUGAGAAAGCAUAUGAAAAGCAUAAAGAUCUUGGUUACGGAAGUCAACUGUAUGUAAAAUUGAUAUCCUUUGAUGCCAAUCGAGUGAUCGACGUGGAAGUUCAAGGAGAGAAUGAUGAAACAGCAAUUCGAAAUUCAGUAUCAGAAGUUCAGACUUCAGCAUUGGAAGCACGGAGCUUGAGAUCUGUUAAAAGUCCGACUUUUUCGAAAAUUGAUACUAAUAAAAAAGGGGCAACUACUUUUACAAAACCACAAAACGUAGUAAAUAUUGCAUCUGUUGGAGAAUUAGGUUUUCUUGAGAUACACGCAGAAUUGAGCAAUUCUGUUUAUAGCGUUACAUUAUUAUUAAAUGAUUUAUCGCCUGAUUUUGAAAAGCUUUUAAGUGAAUUGCCUGCAACAUGUGAAGAAAAAGUGGAGAAUUUCGAUCACAGACCUCAGGUAGGGGAAUUGAUAUGUGGUCAGAGGCUCGAUGGAGAUUGGCUCAGAGGAUAUGUUUUAUCACUGGACAAACCUUUAAAAAUGGCUAUAAUAGAUGAAGCUAGGGUGAUGGAAAUUACAAAAACUAUGCCAUGUCCUGAUGGCUUUUUGAGUAUUUGUUCUUUUGGUGUUACAUGCAAAAUAAUGGACACCAAACAUAAGUUGACAACAGGUGAGCAUUACGAUCUUAAAGUAUUGGCGCGUAGCAAUAAAAACGAAGUCAAAAUAGAAAUUGGAAUCAGUGAUCAGGAAAAAAUUAUGGCUAUUGUGAAGCCAUGGAUGCCGAUGCCUGAACAAGUAGGACUGCGAUACGCUACAUUAAAAAAUAAAUCUGAGGUAUGCCUAUCUGCUUAUCGAAGUCAUGUUCAUAUGUAUGCUCGACCUCUAGAUACCGCGAGCAAAAAUUACUACAAUCAUAUUAUGCAAAGUGCUGCUAAAUGUGCACAAACAGCUUCGUCGUUAAACGAACCACCAGUUGUUGGACAAAUGGUAUUAGCAAAUUAUAUAGAUAACAAUUAUUAUCGUGCAAUUGUUACUAGACUGCAGGGAAACGAAAUUACGAUUGUGUAUUAUGAUUUCGGUAAUAUAGAAAUCGUCACUAUAAAAAAACUCAUGAUCCUAAGUGAUGAAUUAAAACAGCUACCAUCUUGUACGGCCAAGAUUAUUUUGAAAGAUGUACCACAAGAUAUCCCUAUGACCAAAGAAAUAAGCAAUUACCUUAAUCAAUUAGUAGGAAAAGAAGAACCUAUGAUUUGCACCUUUGAAGGUAUACCGUUGAAAGAUGGUGUUCAUCUUCAUCUUAACGGAAAAAGUAUUAAUAAAAUCAUAAGUGAAAUGCUAGUACCAAUAUGGAAUAAAAUUGGCGAGGAAGAUACAACGUGUUAUAUGUUAAAUGACAUAGAGGUUGCUCCCCUAGGAAAAGUAGGUGACAUCACAGAGGCGUGUGUAUUACAUUCUCAUGAUGAUGAUUACACUUAUUCGAUGUGUCCAUUAGAUUAUGAUUUAAUGAGUCAUAUAUUUGACACUAUGUCUAACAUGAUGACUGAAUAUUGCAAAAAAUCCAAGUAUUAUAUUCCUCGUGAGAACGAACUUUGUUUAGCUUUCUAUGAUGACAUCUGGUGUCGUGCUGCUUGUGUUGAUCGUUCUAAAACACCGACAGCGAGUCUCGUUUUUUUCAUUGACAAUGGAAAUUUCGCAACAGUUGAUCAUGAGAAUUUACGACUUAUGCCGAUAGAUUUUAUAACUCCUAAAGCACUUGCAAACACUUGCUUCAUUACAAAUUUAGAUCCUAUCAACUUUAAGAAUUCAGCUGAAGCAAUAUUAAUACGCAGGAGAAUUAAAAAAUUGAUUGUGCCCAAUCGUAGCUACAGAAUAGAAAUCAUUGGAUACGACGAAAAGGACGGAAGUUACAAGGUGGACAUGUUAGAUAUUCGAUCUCAAUUAAUGGAAGAGGGUCUGAUACCAGAAUAAAAAUAUAAUACUCAUCGGAAUUAAUGUCCAUUGCGAAUAAAAGAAAGACAGAAAACAAUAAAAUCACGAGAAAUAUUUUUUAAAAGUUUAAUCAGUACUGAA